AUGUCAGAUCAAGAACAAUUUGUUCCUUGGGUCAACCUUGGUAAAUCAGGUUUAAAAAUUUCCAAUGUUAUAAUUGGAGCAAUGUCAUUUGGUUCAAAAGGUUGGAUGGAAUGGGUUGAAGAUGAUGAAGAAAAGAUUUUUAAAAUUUUGAAAAAAGCUUAUGAUCAUGGUAUUAGAACUUAUGAUACUGCAGAUUUAUAUUCAAAUGGAUUAUCAGAAAUCAUCUUGGGUAAAUUCUUGAAGAAAUAUAAUAUUAAGAGAGAUAAAGUUGUUAUUUUAACAAAAGUUUGGGCUCCAGUUGAUGAAAGUGUUGGUUAUGAUUUCAUGGCACUUAGAGAUUUUAAAACUGAAGAACAAGGUAUUGAUUUUGCAAAUAAUAAAGGUUUAUCAAGAAGACAUAUUUUAGAUGCAGCUGAAAAUUCUGUUAGAAGAUUAGGUACAUAUAUUGAUGUUUAUCAAAUUCAUAGAUAUGAUCCAGAUACUCCACAAGAAGAAACUAUGAAAGCUUUGAAUGAUGUUGUUGAAAAAGGUCUGACAAGAUAUAUUGGUGCUUCAACUUCUCGUGCUGUUGAUUUUGUUGAAUAUCAACAUAUUGCUGAAAAAAAUGGAUGGCAUAAAUUCAUUUCAGUUCAAAGUUAUUAUAAUUUGAUUAAUAGAGAAGAUGAACAUGAAUUGAAUUAUUAUGCUAAAAAAACAGGUGUUGGUAUUAUUCCAUGGUCUCCAUUAGCUGGUGGUGUUUUAGCAAGAGAUGUUGAUUCUGGAUCUAAUGAUUCUAGUUUAACAAAAAGACAACAAGCUCCAACAUUUAAGCAUAUUGCUGAUUAUGUUUUAAAAAGUGAUGAUCCAGAAAAAGCUGCUGAAGUUUCAAUUGUUCAAAGAAUUGGAGAAUUGGCUUCUAAGAAGAAUGUUUCAAGAGCAGCUAUUGCAACUGCUUGGGUUAUUCAUAAAGGUGCUCAACCAAUUGUUGGAUUGAAUUCUGAAAAAAGAGUUGAUGAUUUAAUUGUUGGUGCUAAUCUCAAAUUGGAUGAAGAAGAAGUGAAAUAUUUGGAAGAACCUUAUAAACCAAGAGUUAGAUUCUCACAAUGA